AUGUCCACAAAAAUACUCGAGAAUAGCACUACUCUACAAAGUGGAAGCCAGAGGAAACACAUAUUCACUCUAGCUGGUCAGAGUUACAUGGCUGGACGUGGUGGAGUCAACAACAAAACCUGGGAUGGUUUUGUUCCUCAUGAAUGUCAUCCAAAUCCAUCAAUUCUUCGAUUCAAUUCAGGAUUAACAUGGGAAGAAGCCCGCGAGCCUAUUCAUUUCGACAUUGACUCCAAUAAAACUUGUGGGAUUGGACCUGGCAUGGUUUUUGCUAACAAAAUCUUGCGCAAGAAUUUGGCCAUGGCCACCGGGGAAGCUAAUAACUUUAUUGGAUUGGUGCCUUGUGCUGUUGGAGGAACUUCUCUUAGCGAAUGGUCACGAGGGUCUAAGCUGUAUAAUGCGAUGAUCACAAGAGCUAGGGCUGCCAUGGAAGUUGAUGAUGAUGAUGAUUAUGGAGAGAGCGUUCUUGAAGCUGUCUUGUGGUUUCAAGGUGAAAGAGAUACUAUCACUCGAGAAGAAGCUGAGUCUUACGAAACUAGAUUGGAAAGAUUCAUACAGGACUUUCGCAUAGAUUUGCAAUCUUCCAACUUACCUUUCUUUCAGGUGCUUUUAACAUCAGCCCAAGGACCUUAUAUGGACACGGUCAGGGAGGCCCAAGCAGCAAUUAGGCUGCCGAAUGUCAUCAAAAUAGAGGCGAAGGGCCUCCCACUUGAGAUUGAUGGGCUCCAUCUCAGUUCACUGGCCCAAGUUCACCUUGGAGAAAUGUUGGCGGAUGCAUUCCUUAAGUGGAGGACAUCCCAAAGGCCUUCGAACUUGUGA